AUGAAAACUCUUUCCUACAGUUUCAUGAUACUCGAGUACUUCGGCGGUUGGAAACCACUCGAGUGGAGCACAAGUAUAAAGGGAAAGUUAUACGAUAUAUAUACACUUACAAUUACCUUAGCAAUGAGCACUUUUUGUAUAUCUUGUGUAAUAGAUUUAUUUUACACAUCAAAUAUCGAAGAUAUUGUUCAUAAUAUGUCAUGGUCAUUUACACUAAUUCUUGUCUGUUCGAAACUGGCUCUUCUUAAAGUGAAACGUAAUAAACUAGUAGGAAUCAUUAAACUAUUAGACAUAAAUAUUUGCAGAGUAAGAUGCGCUACAGAAGCUACCAUACAAUUAAAGUAUGAUGAAAAAGCAAAAAAUCUCGUCAAGAAGUAUGGAAGUUUGGUAUGUUGUGCAGUAUUUGCUAUUAUAGGUGCUUCGAUUUUAGAAAAUAUUCCCACUAAAACGCUUCCUUUCAAUGGCUGGUUCCCUUAUCAACAUGACAACAGUACUGGAUUUUGGUUCGCAUAUUUCCAUCAAAUAAUCACACUGCCUGUUACCUCCAUGAUUGGAUUUUCAUUUGACACUGUUGUUUACGGUGUAUUGUUACAAAAUUGUAGUCAAUUAAAAAUUUUGAAAAAUCGCUUAGAGAAUUUUGUUGAAAUAAUUGAUGAAGAAAAACUCAAUAAUAAAAUUAAUGGAUCGGUUUGCACAAUAAGAGAGUGUGAACAUAAAUUUAUCAAACAAUGCAUUCAUCAUCACUGGAUCAUUUUACAAUUUUCGCAAGAAUCUAAUGAUUUAUUUGCUCCAAUAAUAUUCUUGCAAUAUCUUUCAAGUUCUUUGAUACUUUGUCUGUGCGUUCAACUGCUAACAAAAUUGGCUGUCAUGAGCCCUGAGUUUAUAUUUAUCGUCGUUUAUUUAGGGUGCAUGUUAACACAAAUUUACUUGUUCUGCUGGUAUGGCAACGAAGUAAUAAUAGAGAGUUCAGGAGUAAGUUCAGCAAUUUAUAAAAUGAAUUGGCAAGUUUUGACAAAUAAAACUAAAAAAGAUUUAUUAUUUAUGAAAACUCAGUCUAUUUUACCAAUAAAAUUUACCAGUGGUUACUUGAUCGAACUUUCCUUAGACUCAUUCACUAAGCUCAUUAAAUUUUCUUACUCGGCGUACAAUCUUCUUCAUCAAAAAUAAUAACAAUUUGUCAAAUAUGUCAGAUAGUUAAUAAUAUUUAUAGAUAUUAAUAAUGAAAUAAACAUACGGGAGGGCAGAGGGGCGAAACGGCCCCCCUAAACCGGUUAUUACUUUUGUGGCAUUCAACUAUCAAAUCAGUUUACUUUUGUCCUAUCUUGAAAAAUUUCACGGAUAUUUUACCGAAACUUUAAGAAAAAAAUUUUUUUUUUGGUUUCGUAAAAUUGUUUUCAACGUUAAGAAUGUAUUUCUUUCUCUUGACAACUACAUCUACUUUUAUAUUAUUCAAAAAAAAUUUCGUAAGGUGUAAUAAAUCGUUCCCACACUUACUAAAAAAAAUUUGAUUUUAAUGAUUUUUUCACAACUAUUGCAAUAUAAUUGAAUUUGAAUUUAAAAUUGCCGCCAAAAUAAAGUAGAAAACACCUGGAUUUAGCAAAAAUAAAAUAAUGUCUAAAACAUAAAACAAAUUGUUUCAAAGUUAAAACUGAAGAUUUUAACUGCCUUUAUUGCAGUGGACUUUAUUCCGAAUCUAAGGAAUCGCGGAUUCAAUGUAAAAAUUGUAAGAAAUGGUCUCAUGAUUCCUGUGCAGAUGAAUAUUAUUCCGAUGAGUAUAUUUGUGAAUACUGUAAGAAUUAAUUUAUU